CUUAUGAGCCCUGACGGUGAACUCACCAAACAAACUUUAACAAUUAUUCAUUCUGUGACAUCGAUUUCCAAGAUCAUCUCUCGCCAUGUCUACUCUCUUUCUUUUGCUUCUCAUCUGUCUUUCUUUGCAUGCAUGCAAUGCUCGCUUUCUUCGCCUCACUGACAAGGAAACCAAAAAACAAGUCCUGAACAAGGAUUUGGUGCAAGAUGUCGAUAAACUGAAUAUCGAUAGAACUACUUUAGCUCCAUCGGAGAUGAUGCCUCCAGUUUCAGAGGAGCAAGGAGCACAAGGACAACAAGUAGUUGGAAGAGAUGAUACAAUUACUCGUAAGAUCAGUUUACUUAGUGCAACCACUAUGAAAAAGAAAGACGAAGAAGCUUUUAUGAAGCAAGAAGAAGGCACAAAAGGAGCAACUUCAGGAAAUAAAGUUAUCGUAUCUUCACAGGCUGAUUUUCAACAGUCGUCUAAAAUAAUAAUAGAGGGAUUGAAGGGCCGAGGAAGAUCUAUGCUAGGAUCAACAGCAAAUGAUACGGAGGAAGCUGUGCGAUCUGAGGAAAAUGACUUUCCCAAGGAUGUAGCUGUCAUGGAUUAUGCACAACCCCAUCGGAAACCACCCAUCCACAAUAAAAAACCCUAGGCCAGUAUAUAUUGUGAUAAUACAUGUACUUAAAUGGCUUUCUCCUCCGACCCAGCUCCUCCAAAUUUCUGUUUGAUGGAAGAUGAUCAUAUUUCCAAGAUUUGCAUGCAAUAAUAUAAAAAAGAUCAGAACAAGGUAAAAAACAAUUUUCAAGAACACUUUCAUAUUUUCUGCCAGUAAUAAGAUCAGUGAUACCUGUGGUCGAUAUUGUUAAGCAUUUUCGUUAACAGAAUAUUCGUCUUCUCUACUGGUUUAAAAGGAUCACUAAAGCCUUCAUUAUACAACGAGCUAGGGGCAGCGAACUCUCUCAAUUUAAAAACCCUUGCAAUAUUCAUUCCAACCGAGUUCUAAAGCCUUUCAAAACAUGGAGAUAGGUCUUAGAGACAUGCCAUAAUUUCAAUUUUUAGAUGGUGGCUUCUUCGAUCUGUGACUGGACAACAAGGAUCGAUGCCCUAAAAAGUCUAAAUUUCUGACAUGCACAGCAUCAGCUCGCUCCAACAACUGUGUAAUGUUUCAGUGGCUAGCUACUUUAAAUGAGGUGGUGAAGUGAUAGAAGAUGUGAAAAGAUGGAUGGAGGCCCCAUUCACUGUAUUUUACGCUUUUGCAUUAAUGACAUUGGUGAAUAAAAGGGACAAACUUGACAUGGA